UAUUUUUGUAUAUCGGAUCUAGUUAAUAAAUGUGAUUUCAACAGGGAAGAUGCUUGAAAAUUACUUAAAGAGAAGCAAAUUUUCCAUUAAGUUCAUGCUCAGAACAUAUGCAGUUUCAGCUCUUGGUUGUAGUUUUCAAAAUAAAUGGUGGCACACCAUUUACGAGAAUCAAAACAAUGCGCUCCAAAUUCCUGAUCCCGUAAGCGAAAUGAUAGGUAGACACGUUGAUCAGCUGAGUGGAUUUCCCAUCAUACCGACAGACUCCAUUCUUAG